AUGAGCGCGCAACUUCCCUCACUCCAAGACAAUCAUCGCCUCCAGGUGGUCGUGGCGGCGUUAUUCCUUACCCUAUUCCUAGCCACCAUAGACCAAACAAUUGUUGGGACAGUGGCCCCAACACUGGCAACUGACACCCGUUAUAUCGACUUGUGGACAAUCACUUUCGUACCUAUGAUCGGUGUCUUCCAGAUUCUAUACAGCCACCUUCACAGUAUUUUUUCAAUCAAGAUUGUCUAUCUUUUGGCUAUUCACCUCUUUGAACUGGGAUCGGUCAUUUAUACGACCGCGCCGAACUCUAUCACAAUGAUGUUUGGUCGGGCAAUUGCCGGUGCUGGGGCGGCAGGCAUUUGUACUGGCGGAUUUGAAUUAAUUGGAAAGAUUAUUCCGCUUGAUUACUUUCUUUCGUGUAUCGGAAUCAUGUUGGCUAUCCUUUCGUUCGCUCCUGCGGUGGGUAUCUUUAUUGGCAGUGCAUUCACAGACAGAUCCAUAUGGCAAUGUCCGAUAUUAUGUCCAUAUCUCUAUGGAUGCGCAUCCGCCAGUCUCAAGCCGGCCUGA